AUGAAUAAAAAUAUUCCAGAAGCGAGUUCAAGUCCUUUGUUUAGACUAAGUCUGAAAAGAUUGUCUUUAGUGACCGUUGUCUUGCCAUUAGCGUCAAUGGUUUUCUGCUUCAUAACAUCAAUGAUUUUCAAUUUCAAGUUGGUUAAUACUACAAUUUGUGAUGUUUUUAAUUUUUGUCCAUCUGUUAGUGCAAUAACUGGAAUAUCACCUCAAAGAUAUAUUUGGAGAAUUGGUGUUGCUUUACAUUCAACUCCACGACUACUGUUGGCUUCAGUUUAUUAUAAUCAUUAUAUAAGAAAAUCUAAAAAUGUAAAUAAUGACUCUAAAUCUCUUUACCAGCAUAUAGUAACAUGGAAUUAUUGGUUUCAUGUGACUGAAAUUAUGGCCCUUGUAGGUGUUACUUAUAUUUCAAACAAAGAAAAUUAUCCUGUUCAUGAGAAAAUUUUCAUAACAUUUAUGGCUGCUUCAAUUUCCUACAUGUUAAGUACCUGCAUCAUUAGUCAUCUGACUAAAUCUUCCUUGUCUACCCAUUUGGAGAAAUUGUCAUAUAGAAUGAAACUAUCUCUCUGUAUUGUCAUUGGAUUUACAUCUAUGGGUAUGAUGUACUUCUUUUAUAAACAUCGAGUAUAUUGUGAAGAACUCGCUUUCAGCUGGUUUGCCUUAUGUGAAUAUGUUAUCUGUUUUGCAAAUAUGGCCUUUCAUGCAACCAUAAUAUGGGAUUUGCCUGAGGAAGAAAUAGUGAUUUGCCUUCCAUUCUUAUACAGUUCCAAUAAUUGUCAGACCGUGAAUAAAAAGUAUGAUUGA